GAGCUGGUCUGUGGUGGUCUGUCCAUCCUCUCGUAACCAGUGGUACGGCAGCGGUAUGCUAGGUUAGCUGCUGUGGUCGUGUCUAGCCCUAUGGCCAUAGACUGGUCUAACCUUGGCUGUGGAUUCUAACGGUGCGAGUUGCAGAUAACUUUCCCCCCUGCUGUGAUUCAUCUCGUUAUUUAAAAGUCACUGAGCUCAGAUCCGAGAACGUGAACGUGUCUCAGUAAAGCUGUAAAUAACACGGGGAACGUGACGACGGUGUUAUCACAUGCACAUGAUGGAGCUGCGGCCACUAGUUAUGUGCUUUGCUCUCUGCGUGGUUUACGCCACCAGCAAACCAACAGAGAAGAAGGAACGCAUCCAUCACGAUGAUCCCCUCAGUAACCGAGAGCACGAUGAUGCCGAGAGCUUUGACUAUGACCAUGAAGCGUUUCUGGGGCAGGAGGAGGCCAAGACUUUCGACCAGCUCACACCUGAGGAGAGCAAGGAGAGGCUCGGCAUGUUGGUUGAACGUAUAGACGAGGAUAAGGAUGGCUAUGUGACUGCUGAGGAGAUGAAGAGAUGGAUCAAACACGCUCAGAAGAGGUGGAUCUAUGAUGAUGUGGACCGACAGUGGAAGAGUCACGACCUCAACGGGGAUGAAGUGGUGUCCUGGGACGAGUACAAGAACGCCACCUACGGAUACAUUCUGGAUGACCCCGACCCCGAUGAUGGUUUCAGCUACAGGCAGAUGAUGGCUCGCGAUGAGAGAAGAUUUAAAAUGGCCGACCAAGACAACGACAUGAAAGCCAACAAGGAGGAGUUCACAGCCUUCCUUCACCCGGAGGAGUAUGACCACAUGAAAGACAUCGUAGUGCUGGAAACAAUGGAAGACAUCGAUAAGAAUGGAGAUGGUUUAAUUGAUCUUGAUGAGUACAUCGGUGACAUGUACAACCAGGAGGGAGACUCUUCAGAACCAGAGUGGGUGAAGACAGAGAGGGAGCAGUUUACUGAAUUUAGAGACAAAAACAAAGACGGGAAGAUGGACAAGGAGGAGACCAGAGACUGGAUCCUGCCCAAUGACUACGAUCAUGCUGAGGCCGAGGCCAAACAUCUCGUCUACGAGUCGGAUGCAGACAAAGAUGGCCUCCUGACUAAGGCAGAAAUCGUGGAUAAGUACGACCUGUUCGUGGGCAGCCAGGCCACCGACUUUGGAGAAGCUCUGACUCGACACGAUGAGUUCUAACGUCCUCCACCUCCACAGACUUUGUGUUCAUCUUGUGUUUUCCACCUUACUCCUCCGACAGUAGAUGGAGUAGUUUCGAACAAGAUGAGUUUGCCUAAUUCAACGCCACGGACAAUAAUUUAUUUUUUUUGUCAGGGAAUGUGUCCCACUGUACACACUAACAUUUAAAGUAAUGUGUACAUGCUUGGCUAGGGUGUCCUUAUGCUUAGCUGUGUGUAACUUUGGGAUGUAUCACCGGCCUUUGCUCUGCUUCCACCCACUUUCCCUGUCUUGUUUAGGUUAGGCUAAAGAACAAACAGUGUUAGAUGACACUUUAUUUCGGUUGAAUUUAUGUUUUUUUUUUAAUAUGAAAUAGCCAUUUUUUUGACAGAACAACAAGUUUAGGCUUGCAGUAUACACAAUAGUUGGUCAUAGCAUUUUCCUGCAAUGCGCCGGACUGUGAAGAGUAAAGCUAAUUUCUAGCCAUCUGUCGAAUCACGUAAUCGAGCCCAGACUGAAACAGACUAGUUACUGAUUAAUUUGAAGUUUUGUUUUCAUGUCUUUAUUGAUCAUUUAUUGCGUAGUAUAGUGUGUUUUGGAACAAAGAGUAAAUAUAAAAUUCAAUGAAGACAAUUUGGACGAGUGCAAUACAGUAUCAUCAGUGGGACCGUGCUGUGUUUGCUGUACUUGUGGUCCCCCAAAGGCAGCCAUGUUGACACGAGCAGUGGCCCCUGCUUUAGGGCUGGUUGUGCUGUUGAAGGAAUCGAGAUUUAUUUAGGGACUGAUGGAUACUUUGUCGUUGAAGCUGCCUCCUUUCUCAUCACUCAACAGUUUGUGUGUGUGAGCCUGUGUGUGGGUGUGUGUGUGAACCUGUGUGGGUGUGAAUCUGUGUGCGUAUACAUUAUCGUGAUGACUGACUUCCCUCGUAUGUUUCAAGUUUUGUUUAAUUCAGCUGAACUUACUGAACUAACUGAUAUCAUAUGCGUGCCAAGCAAGAAAAAAAAAAAUCUUAAUACCUUUUUAUUUUCCUUCCCCUUUCUCCAAAUACGUUUGUUAUUCUUAUAUUCUCACUUACCCUUCACCGCCAUUUAUAACCACUGUUGAUACUUUUUAUGAUAUACUGUAACGUAUAUGACAAUGUUUUUUUACAGGCUCACUGCAGCAACAAGCAUUUCACGAGUGACUUGACUGUAAAUAAGUUGUUGGUCUGCGAACUGAGCACUCUAACGAGCAGGUCCACUUUUUGUGAUUGAGCAAAAUGUCUCAAUUAAAAAAAACAAUUGGAA